UUCCCUUGACUCUUGUGCACAUGGUUUGAGCAUGUGAGCAUGCUGGUGAUUCUGUUGAACUGUGUGACUCUGGGCAUGUUCCAGCCAUGUGAGGACCUCAAGUGCCAGUCGGAGUGGUGUGUCGUCCUACAGGCAUUUGAUGACUGCAUCUUCGCCUUCUUUGCUGUGGAGAUGGUCAUCAAAAUGAUAGCCUUGGGGAUUUUUGGAUCAAAGUGUUACCUUGGUGACACAUGGAACCGCCUGGACUUCUUCAUUGUCAUGGCAGGGAUGAUGGAGUAUUCACUGGACGGUCAUAACGCCAGCCUGUCAGCCAUCCGGACUGUGCGAGUGCUCAGGCCCCUGCGAGCCAUCAACAGAGUUCCUAGUAUGAGGAUACUGGUGACUCUGCUUCUUGAUACUCUGCCUAUGUUAGGCAACGUCCUCCUGCUGUGCUUUUUUGUCUUCUUUAUAUUCGGCAUAGUUGGGGUGCAGCUGUGGGCUGGUCUUCUUAGGAAUCGGUGUUUCAUGCCAGAUAACGUGACAGCCCUUUAUAAUCUGUCACACAUGAGCCCGUACUACAUGAAUGAAGAAGGUGAGGAGAACCCCUUCAUCUGCUCCGCCAAUAAGGAGAACGGCAUGUUGCGCUGUAAUCAGGUGCCCCACCUCAAGGAGGGUGUCGAGUGCACUUUAGAUGCAUCUCCACCGGGACAUGCCUACUCUGGCCUGGAUGGGACAGGCAACAGCAGCUGUGUUAACUGGAACCAGUAUUACAGUGAGUGUAAACCCGGGGAGCUCAACCCUCACAAAGGGGCAGUGAACUUCGAUAAUAUUGGAUAUGCCUGGAUUGCGAUAUUCCAGGUUAUUACUUUGGAAGGAUGGGUGGACAUCAUGUAUUACGUUAUGGAUGCCCACUCCUUUUACAAUUUUAUAUAUUUUAUAUUGCUUAUUAUAGUAAGUAUAUGCUAAUUGAAAGUAUUUAAUGUUUUUAGUCUGUUUUCACACCGCAUACAUGAGUAGAGUAGAGCAGCAGCUGGCAAUUGCAACAUGCAGAGUCCUAGUA